GCUCCAGCCACUGAAAUGGAAGAAAAUGCAAACACCAGCUUGGAAGAAGACUUUGAAGGACAGGCAACGCACACAGGGCCCAAAGGUGUGAUCAAUGACUGGAGGAAGUUCAAAUUAGAGAGUGAAGAUGGAGACUCCUUACCCCUGAGUAAGAAAGAAAUGCUUAGACAAAUGUCUUCACCACACAGAUCUUUCAGCAGAGAUGACAAAGACACCAGAGAGAGAUUCUGCCGUAAGAUGAGCAUGCAGGAGUACGAGUUGAUCCACGCCGCGCAGGAGGACGAGAGCUGCCUACAGCAGUACCGCAAGCGCUGCAUGCAGGACAUGCACCAGCGGCUCAGCUUCGGGCCCAAGUUCGGCUUCCUGUGCGAGCUGCAGAACGGGGAACAGUUCCUGGAGGCCGUGGAGAAGGAGCACAAAACCACCACGGUCAUCGUGCACAUUUACGAGGACGGCGUCAAGGGCUGCGAGGCCCUCAACAGCAGCCUGACCUGCCUGGCGGCCGAGUACCCCACCGUCAAGUUCUGCAAGAUCAAGGCCUCCAGCACGGGCGCCGGGGAUCGCUUCUCCAGCGAGGUGCUCCCCUCCCUGCUGGUCUACAAGGCCGGGGAGCUCCUGAGCAAUUUCAUUAGUGUUUCUGAACAGUUCAGCGAGGAGUUCUUUGCCGUGGAUGUGGAGGCUUUCCUAAAUGAGUACGGGCUGCUACCUGAGAGGGAGCUUCCGGCGCUGGGAAAUGGCACGGAUGAGCCAGAUGUUGAAUAA